CAAAUGUGUUAUGUCAAGGUCGAAAGUCGCAGAGGCACGUGCUUAGCAGCCACAUUUGUGGUCACGGUCACUGGCAAGCCAGAUCCGCAACCUCAACAUUGCACUUGGCUUGUUGUCCGGAGCCGUCCAUGUUUCCUGGGAAUGCUUGGACAUAGACUCGCAACCACGUCGUGACACCGCGACAAUAUGGAUCGUGAGGCAGUUGUUUCCGAAAUCGAUAAAUUAUCCCAUUUGGCCCAAACUGCAGAAACGGUUGGCGCCGACCUACACAUCCGCACCUCUGCGAUCGCAGACCUCUUCUCGAACUGUGUCGACUGCCUAGAACGGGUUGAUUGGGACCGAAAUCCGAGUCAUAGCUAUGAGGUAUCUUUGGCAAAACUGAUAUUGCUAGAGGCAAGACUAAGAUUCUGGGGAGAGACGCUUGGCCUCCAGGCCGCUGGACAGGAGUGCUGCUACCUAAGGAAUGGGUGGGCGCAAGAAGAGAAAGAGGUCGCACAGUCACUCAUUGGGAUCAAGGGCGCACUCCAUAAGCUUUGCCUCUUUGGACACACCUCAUCGCCUGCGGUUGGUCGUUAUGAAUUGGGGCCAGACUGUAUCGAUGCGCCCGAGGGGAUCUACUCGAGCCUUCCCGACAUAAAGCGUGCAUUUCAGCUCGCCACAAAGGACCGUCCGCAAGAACCCUUGUUGAAAUCGUGGAAUAAAGUGUGCUGGGUCCCCCGUGAUCAGAUAGAGCUGGACACUCUCAUUGACAAUCUGGCAACUUACGUUAACCGCCUUGAAAGAGUGAGUGGCCGGCUUCAUGUUCUGGCUCUGCAGCGAGACCUUCUUUAGGCAAAACUGGCAACGAUCAACUCUCGACCUGUCAUAUUCCUGCUCGUCAUGGCAGCCAUCGAAAGUGACUGUUGUCGAAUUCGUCUAAAGUGCAGAACCAACAAAACGAAACUAGACUAGAUUGUACGGAUGGUCACUUCUACAUGGGACAAAUCAUUCUUGCACGAGCUCGGGUACUAAAUAAGGACAUUAUCGAUACAGAUGAUGGGCAAGAGCCUACCAGUAUU